AUGGAUCAGUCUGCCUCUCCUGACACGUUUUCAGACCUUUUCACUCUCAAUGAGACGACUCUUCCACAAAGCACCGAUACCACCACCUCUAGUUGGGUUGAGAGUUUUUAUCAGACGAUUAUUGACCCUUCUAUAGAUACCAAGGCUGUCACUCUACUAACAGAGAGUCCCAUAAAUGCUGAUAAUUCAAGCCCGACUAUUUCACGACCAUCUACACCAUAUUCACAAAAGCAUAAGCCUAGUCUCAGUGAGGUUGCUUCCAAGACUGAGCGUCGUACUUCAAACGCGGCUCAAGCAAUUAAUCCAGGAAUUGUUCCGGGAAUUGUUCCGGGUAUUUCUCAAGGAACUGUUUCAGGGGUCGUUCCAAGAACCGUUCCGGGGGCUGUUUCAGGUGCUGUUCCAUCUCCGUUUACUGCUGUUCGCUCGGCUCUACCGUCUCCAUUGCCCCCCUCCUUAUCGUCCCUGCCUCUGCAGCUCCUCAAGGAUGGUCUCACCGACUACGUUCGACUAUUAGACACAUCUGAUAACUCUUCGGUUGUAAAACCUCGUACGGACUUCCUUGUUGGUUACCUCAAGCAGCACGCUGGCGUUGAGCUGAGGUCCAAAAUUGUCAACGAGUAUCUCGCAAAGAUAAAAAAAGAUGAUCACACCAAUGAUCUCUUGGACUCUCCAAUAUUAGCUAAUAUUCGCUCUUUAUUGACGCUCACCGACAAAAGACGCAAGUCCUACAACAAACGUCGUAGUCAAAGACGUCUGCAGGUGUCCACAUCCACUCCAAACAAGCAUCACUCCCCUUCACAUUCGUCAUCCUACAGAUCCUCUGUUUCUCCUUAUUCUUCCGAUUCUGCUGCCAAUUCUAUCCUGACUGUAGAUUCACCCGUCCCUUGCUCUGGACUGGCCAGGACUCUCAAAGUCGGUUUUUGUCGCCAUGAACAGGGUGCCAGCGCCCUGAAUUUCGUCUAUUUGGCCGAUUUUAGUCAUAUUUCCCAGGUUUUUGAAGAUGAGACGUAUCUUCUGCAGCUUAGAAACAACUCUCGUGGCAUUAGAGAUGCUUUGAAUGGUAUUUACAACCAUACUGCCCUUUUAUCGCAUCCUAUAACUUACAUGAAGGUACCUCUAAGACUUACAGGAGGUCUCUCUGUCGAUAUAGAUCAAGACAGAAUGGUUUCUUAUGUUGAAACGCUAGUCGAUCUGACAGAGAAACCGUUUCCUCAGAACUUUGAAGUUGCUGACGACUCUUCUGUUCACGCUUUACCAACCGAUUACGUCUCAUUUGUACAGCUCAAAGCUGUCACCUGCAUCUACGCUGAAAACCAGCUGAUCACCCGGAAAACAGAUCCCGUUACCGGAUAUUUCGUGUCUCCCUCGUCUCGCUCUGUCAGAGUCAUGCUCCCGUUACAAGCAGGGGUCUGGGCAGCGUUUCUUAACGACUUUCACAACGGAAUAGUUGACCAGUCAAGAUUUCAAAGUCUUUAUAUCACCCAGACUUUGUUUAGGCCCUUCAAGAGAACUUUCCAGCCUCUCCACUCAUUUAUAUGGGACUUUACCGUGUCAGCGGGUGAAUGUCCUCUGCCAAUCUGCGUCACUAUACUGAAGAAUGCUUCUUUGAGAGUGAUUCCAUCGGCCUCGUCUGUUCCCGUGGCUCCUUUGGCGCCUCUGGCUCCUAUGUCUCCUCUAAGUCAUCUGACUCCUCUGAAUCAUCUGACUCCGUUGGCGCCAUUUCCUCGUGUGGGUACUCAACACGCUCCAGCCACCUCAAAUGUUCCAUUUGUUUCAAUGGUCACUCCAGAAGUCUCAAUGGCCCACGUGACUCGUGCAGACUACAGUGAUCCUUCUACGAUCGUUCGUUGUCAUAAACGCACUCGUUCCCGCUCUCUCAACGAGCUAGAUACAGUUCAACUACCAUUUUCAUCGUCCUUCGCAGUUGAUCCGCUGCCCACGUCUGCAUGUUCUGAUUCUUUUUCGUUGGGCGACGGCAGAAGACCGUCUGAUUGGUCAUUACAAUAUUCCGAGAGCCCUCUCCACACUCCAGCGGAUACCUUCACGCUUGAUGACCCUCCUAGCAUAGCGAGAGAUUCUGUGCCUAAUCCCUUGUUAUCUCAGCCAGUGAUGUUUCGGCUGAAGCCGCCAAAACAGUUGCAAUUGGCCAUAAAACCCCCGAUACGGUCCCUCAACAAGAUACGGGUCGAAGGGAGGUCCCUUAGUGUGACUUCCAGCUCUUCCAGCAUCUCAGGUUCGCUGAAACCAUGCGGGAUCAGUUUCAAACCUGGCUUUCCGAAGGAUUUAACACCCAGUAUUCCACGAGUGACACCCAAGUUGGCGACAAGUCGAUCGGCCUCAUCUACAGGAGUGAGUAUAGCUAGCGUGGCGAAGUCUGCAGAAAAAGCAGGCUGCUCUGUCGACUCUUUCAAGCUUCAGUUUGACGGUAACUACAAGUUUCGCUACUACAAUCCGGAAUCGAAAACGGAGGAUGCUCCACAAGAUGGAUUGAGCGAUUAG